CGUAGAGACACGUGCCAACGGUGCCAUAAGGUUGGGAACAUUACUACACUUCUUCUUUCACUCGAUACAUACACUCCCUCGUCUCCUUCAUUUGAGCAACAAGAAAGCAAAGAGGAUAAGGAGGGCCUUAUGGACGUCCAGAGGAUAGCCCAAGCUUUUGCCAAUACGCUAGAUCCUUCCACAAGAGCUGAAGCUGAGACUGAGCUUGAACAGGCACUCCAGUCACCAGGCUUUACGCCAUGUCUCCUGCAGAUUGUGAUGAAUAACGAAACACCAUUCGGGAUAAGACAGUCUGCGUCCAUUUAUUUAAAGAACACUGUCAAUAAGUAUUGGAAGGUUAGAGAUGGCGAGGAUGGUGACCCAGAGCAGCCCUAUACCAUUCCAGAGGAGAGCAAGAUGAUACUCCGUCAGAAUAUCGUUGAAGGAAUCAUUCAAACACCACCUUUGAUGAGUAAGCAGCUGUGUGUGUGUUUAGAGACUAUUGUUAGACAGGAUAACUGGAAUGACAUUGCUCAGAAGAUUCACAGUUUCCUUUCCUCCGACAACCAACAGACCUGGCCAGGAGCCCUUCUCUCCCUCUACCAACUGAGCAAGAAAUACAAAUAUAAAAAGGCUGAAGACAAAAUUAAUUAUGUUACAAUCAUGAAGACACUCCUCCCGAUGCUCUACAAUCGUAUGAUCGAUGUUCUUCCACAUCCGACAGAGUUCUACGUCAUGAUACAACAUUGGAUAUUAAAGAUAUUUUACUGCACUAUACAUUAUCAGUUGCCAUUCCAGUUAAUAGACGAGAGCACACUGCCUGGUUGGAUGAUUGUAAUUCAAACUAUCAUUGAUAGGCCAGUACCACAAGAGUAUGAGAAAGAAGACGAAGAGGAAAGACAUGAAACUGAAUGGUGGAAAUGCAAGAAAUGGUGCCUACACAUCCUCUGCAGUUUGUUUGAAAGGUUUGGUAGUCCUGGUAAUGUUGAAGCCUCUUAUAACACUUUUGCUGAUUACUACAUGAAGACAUUCAACUGUUCUACAACUGGCGUCAUUAAUACAUUAUUGAAGCAGCUGGAAAAGCAUCGCACUGGUGUAUUUUUAACUGCCAGACUCAAACAACUUAUCUUUAACUACUUGAAUGAAGCGAUUAACCAUGCCUCCUCGUGGAAGCUCAUUAGGCCUCAUUUUGACGGGAUAUUUAUUGAUAUCAUAUUCCCUCUGUUGUGCUAUAGCAAUGAGGAUGACCAGCUCUGGCAUGAUGAUCCUUAUGAAUAUAUUAGAAUGAAAUUUGAUAUUUUUGAGGAUCUUGUAUCUCCAGUUGUUGCUGUUCAGGUGUUUCUCUCUGAAGCCUGUCAUAAGAGGAAGAACAUUCUAGACCCAGUGAUGGGGUAUUGUAUCCAGAUAUUGAAUGAACCAGCUGAGAAGAGAGACCCCAGGAAGAAGGACGGAGCCUUAAACGUAAUAGGAACGACAGCUGAAGUAUUGAUGAAGAAAAAGACAUACAAGGCCCAAUUGGAGCCAAUGCUAGUUGCUCACGUCUUCCCUGAGUUUAGUAGUCCUUUUGGUUACAUGAGAGCCAGGGCUUGCUGGAUGAUACAAUACUUCUCUGAAAUAUCCUUCACUGAAGAAAGCCACUUACAAUAUGCACUCCAACAGGUGUUAAGUUGUUUGACCCAAGAUCAGGAGUUACCAGUUAAAGUUGAGGCGGCAGUAGCUCUUCAGAGCCUCAUAAAGAAUCAAGAACUAGCAGAACAAGUUAUCAAGCCUUUUGUGAAACCAAUUAUUACUGAGCUCCUUCAAGUUAUUAAGAACACUGAUAAUGAUGACCUCACUGAAGUAUUGCAGGAGAUCAUAGAGACGUAUGACGACUGCAUUAUUGAUAUUGCAGUUGAGCUCUGCUCCAACCUUGUGACAGCAUUCACUGAGUUGCUAGAGUCCAGUGGAGGAGAGGAGGAGGAUGGCUAUAAGGCACUCACUGCCCUCGGUCUCAUAUCAGCUGUACAGUCACUAGUGAAGUCCGCCUUUUCCAAGCCGGAGCUCUUAAAACAAAUGGAAACAGUUUUAAUAGGAACAAUAGCAUCAAUAUUUCAAAAUGGAAUUAUGGAUUAUUAUGAGGAGAUGUUAACUCUCCUUGAUCUUUUUACUUGCGAGUCAGUUUCUCCUAUAAUGUGGCAGGUCCUCGGUCUUAUUUAUGAAGCAUUCACUAGAGAUGGUUUUGACUAUUUUUCAGAAAUGAUGGGCGUUAUAUAUAAUUUUAUAAGAGUCGACCCAGACAAUUUUAUCUCGAACCAAAGGCACAUUGAAAUAGUUAUCUCAAUGGCAAAAACAGUCCUAACAAAAGAGUCUGGCGAAGAACCCCAGACGUCUGCUUGUAAAUUAUUAGAAGUUUUAUUACUUGAAUGUAGAGGAAAGAUAGAUCAAUUUAUUCCCAAUAUAUUGGAGUGCCCCCUCGAAAGAUUAACUAAAAAGAUUCAGGACCCAGAUCUUCGAUAUGCAUGUAUUUUAGUGGUUGUUGCUGGCAUUUACUCAAACUGUGCUUUGGUAUUGGAGUUGCUUGAGAAGACAAGAUUCCCCAACUCUCAGGAGCCCAUUACAGCCCAGUUCUUCACACAGUGGCUCACCGACUGCAAGAAUUUUGAAGGGUAAGCACAAUAGUACAUUUUGUACAUUAAGGUU